CUGGAUCUUUCAAAGAACUCUCCAUUCGCUUCACAGCAUCUGUGCGUUCAGUGAUCGAAUUGCAAGUCUGAGUGUUAGUUGCCGGGUAGCCCAGUAGUAGGGCCAAGACUUAGAAGGUAGGCUCAGCUGGUAAUGCGCGUUCGUGAACUCAUGAAUAGGGCCGUUUAAGAAAAAGAAUUUAUUUCUUUUUCGUAUUUUAUUCAUCCGGUGGAUAAAAUAGGAAUGUUUUAUAAGAAUCGUGGUUGGUGAAGUAGUUUUUUUUGUGUUAUCAAAAUGUGGAUUUUAAGCACUUUUUGUUUAUCGUUGGUGGUAAUUUCGUGUGAGGCACAACAAACCCCGGCUAUCGGGCGUGGAGGAACACCAUGCUACGACACUUUUAAUAGACCUCAGAGAUGCAUACCCGAAUUCGAGAAUGCAGCUUUCGGCGUCGUUAUGGAAGCAACAAACACCUGCGGACAAAACGGAGAUAUGGAAUACUGCGUCCAAACAGGCGUAAACGGAAUCAGAAAAUCUUGUGAAAUUUGUCAUCCGGGAGAACACGACCCAAGGUACCUUACAGAUUACAUCACGGAUUAUUCAACAUGGUGGCAGUCAGAAACUAUGUACGAAGGUAUCCAGUGGCCGAAUCAAGUCAACUUAACGCUAAAAUUUGAUAAAACGUUCGAUAUCACGUACGUUAGAUUGAUUUUCAACUCUCCCAGGCCAGAAAGUUUUUAUAUCUCGAAAAAAGUAACUAGUGAUGGUCCCUGGAUACCGUUUCAGUAUUACAGUGCUUCUUGUCGAGACACUUACGGCUUACCUGACAUGACCCAUACCACCAAGGGGGAAGAGACGAGGGCCCUUUGUACUUCGGAAUAUUCCGACAUUUCUCCGUUGACUGACGGUAACAUUGCUUUUGGUACACUAGAAGGUCGGCCGUCUGCUUAUAAUUUUGAUUCCAGUCCCGAACUUCAGGAAUGGGUGACGGCAACGGAAAUAAUGAUCACAUUGGAUCGUUUGAAUACAUUUGGCGACGAAGUAUUCGGAGACUACCAAGUAUUGAAAUCCUACUUUUACGCCAUAUCUGAUAUAGCCGUUGGAGCAAGAUGUAAAUGCAACGGUCACGCUUCGGAAUGUAUAACUUCCUCGGGAGUAGACGGAUCAAAACGAAGAGUUUGCAAAUGUGAACAUAACACCGCAGGAUCAGAUUGUAACGAAUGUCUGCCGUUUUAUAACGAUGCUCCUUGGGGAAGGGCGACUGCUCAAAACGCGCAUGAAUGUAAACAAUGUAACUGUAAUGGUUACUCAAACAGAUGUUUCUUCGACCAAAAGUUAUAUGAACAAACUGGCCACGGAGGACACUGUCUCGAUUGCAUUGCCAAUAGAGAUGGCGCUAAUUGUGAGAGAUGUAAAGAAAAUUUUUACAUGAGAGAAGAUGGUUACUGUAUACCUUGUCAAUGCAACUCUAUUGGUUCAAGAAACCUUCAGUGUAAUGCGGAAGGAAAAUGUCAGUGUAAACCAGGCGUUACUGGAGAAAAAUGCGAUAGAUGCGAAGAAAACUUUUACGAUUUCUCUUCAUUGGGAUGUAAAACUUGCGGUUGUCAUCCAGCUGGUUCGUUUCGUAACGAACCGAGAUGUGACGCCAAUACGGGAAUUUGUCAAUGUAAAGAUAACGUCGAAGGAAAACAAUGUAACGAUUGCAAGCCGGGUUUUUUCAAUUUGGACGAAGAAAACGAUUUUGGAUGUACCCCGUGUUUUUGCUACGGUCAUUCCGCACAAUGCAGCUCCGCAUCCCAGUUCUUCAGAUAUAUAGUUGCAUCUUCAUUCUUCAGAGGAAAUGAGAAAUGGACGGCUGAAGAUGAAUAUCAUAGGAAAAUCGAGGUUAAAUACGAACCUAUCAGUCAAAGUAUUGGUGUUCAUACAACUGGUGAUGAAGCUGUUUAUUUCGUGGCUCCAAAUAGAUUUUUAGGAGAUCAAAGAACUUCUUACAAUCAACUGUUGGAAUUUACAUUAAGGAUUGGGGAUAAUAGAGUCGUUCCAACUGCGACAGAUAUUAUAUUAGAAGGCUCAGGAACGUCCGUUACUAAUACCAUUUUCGCACAAAAGAAUCCAGUACCUAAUAUGCAAAGUCAAGUCUAUAAAUUCCGUCUUCACGAACACCCCGAUUACGGUUGGCAACCACGACUCCCUUCAAGGUCUUUCAUUUCAAUUUUGACCAAUCUAACAGCCAUAAAAAUCAAAGGUACCUAUGCACCUGAAGGAGUUGGAUUCUUAGAUGAAGUUAAACUAGAAACUGCUUCUAGAGGAGUGGCUGGGAAACCUGCUUUAUGGGUAGAAUCUUGCGCUUGUCCAACAGGUUACGUUGGACAAUUCUGUGAAUCUUGUGCUCCGGGAUUCAGACACGAACCAGCAUUGGGAGGUUCGUUUAUGCCUUGCGUUCCGUGCGAUUGUAACAAUCACGCUGAAAUCUGCGAUUCCGAAACGGGUCGAUGUAUUUGCUCUCAUAAUACCGCUGGAGAAAACUGCGAGUUUUGUGCCAGAGGUUAUUAUGGAAACGCUCUAGGAGGUACCAACAACGAUUGCAAACCUUGCGGUUGUCCAGAAGGUGGAGCAUGUAUACAAAUUGAUGACGAUAUGACAAUGUGUACAGAAUGUCCUACGGGAUAUACAGGUCAUAAAUGCGAUCUUUGUUCAGAUGGUUACUAUGGGGAUCCAACAGGAAGAUAUGGGCCAAGAUCUCCAUGUAGAGAAUGUGAAUGUAACAAAAACAUAGAUCUUAAUGCUAUUGGAAAUUGUAAUACCACAAGUGGGGAAUGUCUUAGAUGUAUAUACAAUACUGGUGGAGUACAGUGCCAAGAAUGCUUACCAGGUUUCUAUGGUAACGCCGUGGUUCUUCCCAAAGGCGACUGUAAACCUUGUACCUGUUAUCCAGUCGGGACUGUUGCUGAGAAAUCUGGAGCACCCGAUUGUGACCAAACUACUGGAACUUGUUCUUGUAAACCUCACGUUGUCGGUCUAAAUUGUGAUCGUUGCGAAGACGGAUAUUACAAUAUAAUGAGUGGAGAAGGAUGUCACGCUUGUAAUUGCGAUUCAAUAGGAUCUUAUAACCAAACCUGCGAUCUUCUAACAGGACAAUGUUACUGCAGACCCGGCGUAACAGGUUUGAGGUGUGAUCAUUGCGAAGCUAGAAAAUAUGGUUUUUCUGUAGAAGGUUGUAAAGACUGCGAUUGUGAUUCUAUUGGUUCCAAAGACCUCCAAUGUGAUCCAUUUGGACAAUGUCCUUGUUUAGACAAUGUAGAAGGAAGAAGAUGUGAUAGAUGCAAAGAAAAUAAGUAUGAUAGAAAAAGAGGCUGCAUAGAUUGUCCAGACUGUUAUAAUUUAGUGCGAGAUGCUUAUAGAACGCACGAAAAUAAACUGGAAAGAUUAAAUGAUAUACUAGAUGAAAUAGAAAGAAGACCGACUGUGAUAGCAGACGACGAAUUUCCAGAAGAAUUGGAAAAAUUAAGAACAAAUAUUAGUAACACGUAUGAAAAAGUAAAAAAUAUCACUGGAGAUCACAGCGCCAUUCAACAAGUGCACGAUAUUAGGGAAAGGGAAAAAGAAAUUUCACGAACUCUAUCGGAAAUAGACGAAACUCUUUUUCUUUUUAGAGAAAAAAGUCACAUAACUGAAAUGAAUUUGGAUCAUAUUGAAACUAAUUUAGAAGAAGGCGAAAUGAGAUUAUCGGAAAUCACUAGUACUUUCGAUUCCCAAGCUAAAGAAGCUCUAGAUCACGCUAUAGAAAGCUCAAAGAAAGCCGGACAGCAAUCGGAAAAAAUGACUGAAAUAGCACACGAAGCUAGAGAGAUAGCCGAACAAUUGGACGAAAAAGCUAAAAAAAUCACUGAUACUGCAGCUGAAGCUAAAAACAAAUCGAUAGAAGCCUAUCUAACAGCUAAAAAUGCAACUAGUGAUCAAUCGGAUGUCAGCGAUAAAGCUAGAAAAUUGAAACACGAAAUAUUAGAUCUCGAAAAUAAAUUAAAUAGAACUAAAGAAUGGACAAGUGAAGUAGCUUCGAAAUCUUUAAUUGCGAAAAACGACGCUUUGACUUUACUUAACGAAGUUAAGAAUUUAGAAGUUCCUACAAUCGAUAUUCCAGAAUUAAAAUUCAGAUCUGACGAUUUACGCGACCGUGCUUACAAGUUGCGAAAUGAAAGUGAAGCUUUAUUCAGAGACAGCCAAGAAAUGAGGAAAAAUGUCGAAGAAAAAUCGAAUAUUGCGAGGAGUUUAUUGGAAACCGCGUACGAACAACAAUCGAUUACCGACGAAUUACUUAACGAUAUUCAUGCCACCAAGGAACGAACUGAUAAUUCUAUUGACAGAUGGAAGAAAAUUUUGAACGACACUGAAAGCAUUUAUAAUGAUCUAAAAGAUUUCGACUCAGAAACCCAGAAGAGUAGACAAGAAGCAGACGAAGCGCUAUCAACGAUUAAAAACAUUGAAGCUAUCAUCAUAGAAGCUUCCAAUAAAACCUACGAAGAUCAACAAGCUUUAAAAGACGCCACACAAAACGCGAAUUCAGCUUUGGUGAAAGCUGUACAAGCUGAUGGUUUAGCCAAGAAUGCUUCAAACGUUGCCGAAAAGAUCAAACAGGAAGCAGGACAGUUGCUCAGAAAUACUACAAUUUUGACAGAAGAUGCCGAGCUGAUGAGUGAAAAAGUCGUUGAAACUAAUAAAACACUCAAUGGAUAUCUGGGUUAUGCUUCGACAAAUGGGUCGUUUAUAAAUGAGGCAAAGGAGAAGGUUGGUAGUGCUGGAAAAGAAACUGAUGAAACAUCUAAGAAAGUUACAGAGCUGCUGCAAAAUGUCGAAAACAUAAUGGCGGAAUUAGCGAAUUCUCCUGAUAUUAACGAUACGGAAAUAAACCGUUUAGAAGAAGUCAUCCAGCAAACGGAAUAUCAGUUGCAAGAAUCGAAGCUCGACGAAAAAUUGGCGAAUCUACAAAAGGAACAUCAAGAACAAGCCGAUUUAAUCGAACAAUAUAAAAUCGAUAUAAAAAAAUUGCAAGAUGAUGUCGAUAAUAUUGAAGCUAUAGUACACGCGUUACCCGAAGGAUGUUUUAGAAAUUUAGAGUUGGAACCAUAGAUGAUUGCUGAUGUUUUCACUAAAAAGAUACCAAAGAAAAUGUUCUUAUUUUUCUAUUUAUUUCCUAUUUACUGUACAUAAGAACUGAAAAUUGAAAAUAAUGUUCCGAUUUAAGAUUCAUACUUAUAUUUUUUUAAGUUUUAUACAGUCGUGUACGUUUCAUGUUUUAAUAAUAAAAUUUAAUCGAAGA